AUGCGAUUUAGUUUGCCCCAGUGGAGAUAUUUCUCAUGGUUUAGAUGCAUUGGACCUUCUCUAGUGUUUGGUUUAGCUGUCUAUUGUACAUGGGGAUUUGCACACGAAUUAUGCUACAAUCAAAUCGAUAAAAGGUUCCACCAGAGAGCUGCGGCCAUAGGAUUGAUGUUCGCUGUAUCUUUUCUCGACGUGUUGCUUGUAAUCAUAUGGUAUCAAGCGGCCAUAGCAGUUGGACCUGGUAGACUACCGAAGGUGCCACCCUAUAUGAUACUACCAGAGGACUUUUCAAUUGAUCGAAUAGGUGAUCCAGCAGAAACGGCUCAUUCUUUGGUGCCGCCCGUAUGCUACCAAAGUUGUCCAAGAGGAAAUCCCAUAUGGUGCAGUGCCUGCGAUAGUGUGAAGACCGAGAGGGCUCAUCACUCAUCAGAUAUGGAGUACUGCGUUCCUCGCUUCGAUCACAAAUGUGCGUGGUUGGGUGCCGUAAUUGGCAGAGAUAAUUACCGUUUUUUCAUCCAAUUUGUGAUGUAUAUGGCAAUUCUAUCGCUCUUUGUCUUUGUUCCUAUAUGUGCAUUCAUCAGGCGGAUCAUUCAUGAUGGCGACACUCAGCACUCGCUGAAUCCUAAUUUAAUUGUGAUCCUUAUUAUAGCAGUAUUCGCCUGGCUUAUGACAACGUCGAUGUUGGUAACACAUGCGGUUUGUAUUGUUACGAAUACGACAUCAGUCGAAGUUAUGGCAAGACGGGAUGAUUCGUCCUUCAAUAGGACAGUCUGUUACUAUAGCUUUAAAGCAGGAAUGCGCUAUGUUGUUCAAUUAAAAAACAAUGAGCUACAUAGCCUUUGGCGGAAGAAAGAUUUAUGGCUUAACAUGGUUGAUUUUUUAGGUUCUAACAUGUUACUCUGGUUUUUACCAUUGCGUUCUAAUGACAAUGAACCCAAUCAAGAUUUGGAAGAGAUGGAUAAUAAGGUGCUUCCUUUGCAGAGAGUUUUAGGACACUAUUAUGAGCCUUUCAGUGACCAGACUAUCGACCUUAUCGAGAAAAAGAUCGCCAAUAAUGACUACCUCACCACAUUGCAUGCAUAUGGAGAUAGGUAUAUCUAA